AUGAUUGUCGAGUAUCAUCCUGGUAAAGUGAAUGUAGUUGCAGAUGCUCUAAGCAAGAAAUCAGGAACAAUAAGGCUACUAUUUGCUCAAUCAAAGUUAGGAGAUUCUGAUCUCCGAAUGGUAGCUGAAGAGAUAGGAAAAGGCCUGAAGUCUAAUUAUCAUAUAAAAGCAUACGGCAUUUUGCUCGGAGAAGGUAGAAUAUGUGUACCUAAUACCUUAGAACUUAAACAAGCUAUUUUAGAAGAGCCACAUAGUUCAACCUAUGCAAUGCAUCUAGGUAGUACGAAGAUGUAUAGAACAUUAAAGAAGUCGUACUGGUGGUCUAGUAUGAAAAGAGAGAUAGCAGAGUAUGUUGAUAGAUGCUUGCUAUGUCAGUAG